UUCUUUCUGCUUUAGUUAAAUAUGACUUUCAUUUCUUGUGCAAAUGAACUUUGUCUUUCUUUAGAAAAUCGACCUGACCUUACCUAACCUGGUAUGAUUUAACUAAUAGACGAGAACAAAUGCAAAUGUUCUUUUAAUUAUUGUGUUCCUGUGUAAUUUACAGUUUGGGUAAUCCAUCAGUCCGUUCCUGGCUAAGGAUCUGUAAGGAUUUAUAUAUUAUACCAGAGAAGAUAUGUAUAAUAUUUUGUGUCCCAGGAAAAUUGUCCGCUCUCUUGAGGUACAGGACUCGCUAAGUCCCAACAAUGUUUCCAUAAAGACCUACAAGUGCAGCUGCUCUCAGUCUCACCUGGGCGGUUGUCGGUCGGUCACCAGCUGUUCAAAGUUCAAACAUGGGUUAAGCUGCUUUGGUUAAGGACGAAUAUUUUUUGUUGGCUUGAGAGUGAGUGAAUUCCAUAAUAUUUUGCCAAAGACAAGGAGUUGUGGGUCGACUACAGUAGUAGUUGCCAACAGCUACUGUACAUAUAUAAUGAAGCAGAGGGAAUCAUUAUGUGGGGUGUACAGUACAGUCUGUGUACAUGUUACACUGUACUCCUUCAUGUCGCUGGGCAGUAGAGGCAGUUCAGCUGUUGUUCAACUGUGGAAUGCUCCAACUACAGAUACAAAUGUCCAAAUUUAUAAUUUUUCCUGUUCCUUACAGAUAAAUUAAGCUACAGUCUACAAGACCUCCAUCUAAGCAGCAUUAUCUUAGGCAACUUGUGGCAGAAGCCUAGGAGAAGAGGAGCGCGUAGCCGCUUGGCGAUGUCACCGUCACGGAGAAUAACAAAUUUAACAUUGACUGGGGCUAUCCUCCAACUGUCUCAGAAUCCUUGGCUGGACUCGGUGUGUUUUUAUCUCAUCCAGCGUGUACACUUGACCCCAGCUCUUGGAUUUAACUCUUACGUACAUCUUAUUCAAGACUGUCCAGUGUAUUACCCUUGUUCACAAUGAGUGAAAAGAGGCCAUCAAGUGCAAGUGAAAUCAGUCGUGCUAAAAGAGCCCGUAAAGGAAUCACAUUGGAUAUAAAACUUGAUGUUUUACGGAGGUUUGAUGCGGGAGAAAAACUUACCCAGAUUUCAAAAACAUUAGGGCUUGCCACAUCUACAGUGGGUUCAAUACGUUAUAAUAGAGACAAAAUUAAGUCAAGUGCUCAAGCAGCUACUCCUUUAACUGCCCGUACGUUGUACUUUCAUAGGAGUCAUGUGAUGCUUAAUAUGGAGCGACUCCUUAGUGCGUGGAUCGAAGACCAGACCCAACGUAAUGUACUGAUAAACACGAUGAUCAUUCAAGAGAAGGCAAAAAGUUUGUAUAAUGAUUUACAGAAAAAGGAAGAUGCAACUUCUGAAGCAAAACAUUUUCAGGCUAGUAAAGGCUGGUUUGAAAGGUUUAAGAAGCGCCAUAAUUUGCACGCCAUUAAGACGAUUUGUGAAGCUGCCAGUCCUGAUACAGAAGCCACACGUAAAUAUCCUGACGAGCUGAAGAAAAUUAUUGAUGAAGGAGGCUACACACCAGAACAAGUGUACAACGUGGAUGAAACUGAACUUUAUUGGAAGCGCUUGCCUGCUACGACAUUUAUUUGUAAGGAAGAAAAGUCUGCAUCAGGUUUUAAAGCUUCAAAAGAUCAUCUAACAGUUCUUUUGGGAGGAAACGCUGCUGGUGAUAUGAAAUUAAAGCCCCUACUUGUGUAUCACUCUGAAAAUCCAAGGGCUUUCAAGGGCUAUGCCAAGUCUAAUUUACUUGUGAUUUGGCGUUCAAAUAAGAAGGCUUGGAUGACUAUAGGUCUUUUUCAAGACUGGUUCACAAAUUAUUUUUGCCCUGCUGUUGAAAGGUAUAGUGACAAGCAUAAUAUAUCCAACAAAGCAUUGCUCCUCUUAGACAAUGCACCAAGCCACCCAGUGAACUUGAAUGAUCUUUCUAAUCAUGUGAGAGUGGAGUAUAUCCCCAAGAACACAACUGCCUUGCUCCAGCCAAUGAAUCAAGGUGUGAUCACAAAAUUCAAGGCAUAUUAUCUAAGAAGAACUUUUAAACAACUCUUAAAAGCAAUUGAUGGGGAGGAUAAACCUACAGUUAGGGACUUCUGGAGAAAGUUCAACAUCAUGGAUGCGGCGGAGAACAUAGCAGAGUCGUGGGAUGAAGUGACACCAUCAGUUAUGAAUGGUGUUUGGAAAAACAUUUGGCCAGAGUGUACUCACGACUUUCACAGUUUCCCACAAGCAGAAAGUAUACAUCAAAUUCAACAAGACAUUGUGACACUUGCAAAUGAUGUAGGCUUUGCAGAAGUCAUAGAAGAUGAUGUGGUUGAGUUGUUACAGUCCCAUAGAGGAGAUCUGUCUAAUGAGGAUCUGAUGCUGUUGGAACAAGAGCGAGCUGCAGGAGAAGAGGAGGCUACAGAAGCUCCACCCACCCCACUUCAGUUGACUACAAAGCAAAUGGCUAAAGGGUUUGCACUUAUUGAGGAAGGUUUGCAAAUCUUUGCUGCUAAUGAUCCCAAUCGUGAACGUAGCCUUAAAGUUGCAAGAGCAGUUCGUAAUGGCCUCAGUUGCUACAAUGAGCUGCAUAAAGAGAAGAUGUGCCGUAAACAUCAAAAAACAAUAUUUACAGGAGCAACGACACCUGUGAGCCAGCAAGAAGCAUCAACAAAGAAGAAACAUAGAACUAAAGACCAAAGGUUGAAGGUUGUCACAACAAAACAGAAAACCAGUAUCAAGAGUUUGGAGCACACUUACACAACAAAGGCAGAGAAAUGUAAAGAGGUAUUGGAGAAGCAUGACUCGGCCGCACCCACUGCCGGGGAAGCUGGUUCUGGGUGGUUAUUUGGCAAAGCAUUAAAGGAAGAAAAUAUUAAUAAUAAUGUGGAUGUUCAGAAAGAAUUAAUGAAUAAUGUUUAUACAAGACAAGAUAACCUGUGCAGUAUUAUAAAGGAAGAAGAAGCAAGUGAUGUGUGUUUAGAGAAAGACGACCUGAAUAGAGCUGUAUAUUUAGAGAUAAAUACAGAAACAGUUUUAAGUGCCAAGGUGGAGGACAGAAACAGUUUUGAAUCCAUAAAGAAAAAACACAAAAAUACAAAGAAAGGUAGUGCGGACAAUGUUGUGUUCAUGGUGGAAAAAUCUGUCAAAAAUGAAGUGGUGAACAAUGAGGAUUUAGAAAUGCAUGGCAUAUUGUCUACACAGCCAGGAAACCAGUUGUGUACGUUGCUCAUGAAGGAAGGAUCAGACGGUAUUGGGGAUUUCAAGGAAGUAGAAAGUGAUGGAGAUGUACAACAACAACAAUUUAAUUAUAUUUGUAAGGAGGAAGAGGUACUGGAUGGAGAAUAUGUUUACUGAAUGUCAAGAGAAUCUACUACAUACAGUGAAGUGUAAUUACCAGGGAAACAGAAUACUGUACGUAGUGAUAAGCUCUACAUUUGAAGGUACCGGUAAGGAAAAUGCAAAAGUAGAAAAUACAUAAGAAAGUAUAAAUAAGUGUUUCCCUUAAAAACAAGUUGGUAUUAAGACUUUUUGUAACUACUUGUUGGAUUUGUGAUAAUUGAUUAAUUAUGAUCAUAUAAAAUUGAGUAUGUCUUUCUUGUUCAUAACAAACCAAUAUUGAACUGUAAAUUAAUAAUACUGUACUGGAAAUUCACUAAUGUUAAUACUGUGACAUGCCACUAAUGACUAAGAAUAUAGAACAUUUAAAUCUUAAUAGUAGAAAGCACUAGCAGAAGUGGUCAAACUUUUGUUGACCAAUUAAAUACAAGUCACGAGUGUGUGUGACGAUUAUUCACAGCUACACACUAAAUGACAAGGAGUUUCUUCACUUGUACCAAGACAGUUAUUGGUUGUAAAAUGCCAAAGCAAGUUUAUGGUGCUGUUAGAAUUUCCUGCUAUUGUACAAAGAUAAAAAAUAUUUCCUUGUAAUAUGAAAUUCAUAUAUGCAACAUUUACAAAAAAAAAUGAGAAAUACGAUUGGGCGGAAUCCUAAAGUUAACAUGUUUCUAAGAUAAUUGCAGAAGUGAAGUAUGAUAAAUAGUACAAAUAUUUCCUUUAGUUGUAUCACGAAAUGUUAUGCAAGUGACAAAUGUUCAUACCUGUAAUGAACAUUGAAAAAGAACACUGAAAUAAUGUAUGCUGUACAGUUUACAGUCAAUUAUUUGAGCGUAAAAGGUGGGUUUGUGAAGUGUGUUAGUUAUUGUCUUGUUAUGUCAGGAGAAAAAAGUAAAACCAAAUGAAAUAAG